GCGGCCACGUCCGGAAACGUCAACCAACCGCAAACCAGCUUUUUCCCCCUUCUUCUCUGCAGCAGAUCUGAUUCUGGUUCCGACCGCAGCUCCGAACAAUCAAACCCGUCCGUGUGCGUGACCCGCCCGCAGCCUGGCAGCCGUGAGCCCUUCCCCGCACACCGCCAGGACAUGAAGCGGCCGUGAAGGCGCCGUUUUCCCGCUGAACAUCCAGAGAGCAUCCGCAGCUGAUUCCCCCGAGAGACCGGAGCGGAGGCGGAGGGAGAGCACUGCAGCAGACAUGCCGGGCCUCAUCAUCACGCUCAUCGCUCUUCUAUCCAGCUCUGAAGCUUUCGGACGGGGCUCGACCCAACGGGUCAUCCCGCUCGGACCUCCGCCGGCUCCUCUGCUUCCGGGUGAGGUUCAAGGCCAGUCGCGUUUCAUCCAGGAAUUAGUCAGAACCAAGCGUCACUCGGCCCGCGAGUUAGUCCGCGCCCAGCCUCACUUGGUUCAUGACAUGGGCUGGCCGGAGAUCCACGAAACAUCCGGCUCACAAAGCAAACAGGAGCCGGUGAAUCCCUCCGCCGUGAACCCGACGUCCGCCAUGAGCCCGCCGCCCGCCAUGAACCAGGAAGUAGCCAGGACCCUUGCUGCCGUGGAUGAAAGCCUGGAUGUGGAAGAAGUGAUGGAGCGGAUGGUCCACCUGGCGGUGCCGCUGGGUCCGGACAGCGCCGGGGGACACCUGGAGCUCACAGAGCCAGAAGCAGAGCGCCACGGCGGGCUCGGAGCUGGCGACGCCUCCCAGGAAGCGUCCGGCUUCGACGGGACGGACACGGAGGACAGAGACCGCGGAGACGACGGAGGAGAGGACCAGGACAGGAGAGGAGGAGGAGGGGAGGACGAGUGGGAGAGAUACGCAGCGGAGGACAGAGAGAGACGGGGGGAGGAGGACAAAACGGGACGAGAGACGGACGAACGCGGCGUCACAGAAGCCGUGGAGGUCAAUCACACGACUCCAGAUCUCUACACUCUGAUCGACUACAGGUCUUUCUUUCAUCCGUCCAAGGAGCCCAGCAGGUCCUUCCUGUCUGAAGAGCACGAUUUCAGGCCGCAAGAGCAUCGCGGUCCCUCAGUCUUGGAGUUGAGUCCUUCAGAGAAAGAUCUGUGGAUAGCAGAGAAGGACGAAGACGUUCAGUCCAGCGGCUACGGCGUCCUUCGCUCCUCAGUCGCUGCAGCUCAGACCUCUCCAACACCUCCUGAUGACCCAGCCGUUUCUGCAGACUCUGACGGUACGGCGACACCAGAGACCGACACCGGAACCGACUUUGGACUUCUGGAAAGUUAUACAAAAGAUGAUGAUGAGGAGGAAGCAGGUCUGCCACAUGCAGGUGUAAUUACCCAGAAUCCCACAGCUCCAGAGGUUGGGUUGGCACCCAGCAGACGACCUCUGCAGCCCAGUUUGGAGCAGGACAAACACUGGGAAGAACGGGAACAUGACCUAAAAGAAACCAGAAGUGAGGAGUUGGAGGAAGAGAGGGAGGAGAGAGAGGGAAGCAGAUUCAGAGGAAUCAUCCCGCUGACCACAGACCCGUCCCAUACGACUGGAUUCACGGCGACCGGGCUUGAUCCCGGACUGGAGGAGCCGCGGCAGGUUGGUUGGUUCAAACCCGACGAUUCAACCGGAAACACAAGAACACUUAAAAACAUCUCCACUGUGAAUGUUCAGGUGGUUUGUGUGAACUGGAACGAGCUGACUGGACGGGGCUAUGUCGUCCUCAACAUGACGAAGAACAUGAACUGUGAGGAGUUUCGUGUCUGUGGUGGCGUCCAGCUGCUGAAGAUCCUGGAGCGCGAGUUUGCACGCAGAAUGAACAGCCCUGAAGGAUCAUGGGUACUUUACCUCAGCAAGCCGACGCACCAGCAACACCAGCUGCUGAUGAACGUUGCGUCUGCACAUGGAGUCAUUGCUACUCAGGAGGUGCUGGACAUGUUGGGAGAGAUCAAAAAAGGCCUCGAUAAGGUGGGGAUCCAGAACUACAGCGCAGCAACCAGCUGCCAGUCUCGGCCCAGUAAGACCCGCAGCGACUACGGAAAACUCUUCGUGGUUCUGGUCAUCAUCGGCUCCAUCUGCAUGGUCAUCAUCACGUCCGGCUUCAUCUACAUCUGCUGGCAGAGACGGCUGCCGGGAAUGAAGAGCAUGUUUCCUGCAGAGGAGCUUCACUCUGUGGAGAAUGGUUACCACGACAACCCCACCCUGGACGUGACCAAUGACAGCCAGGCUGAGAUGCGGGAGAAGAAGCCGAGCACCAAUGGGCUCACAGGGGCGGGAGGAGGGGGCGGGGACGACAGCAGUCGCUGGCAGGCGUUCGUCAACCAGGCAGCAACUGAGGAUGAUGAAGAGGAGCAGGACACACAUCUCUGAUUGAGGAAGAGGAGAUUUAUUUUAUUAGAAGAGUCUAGAAGAAAGAUCACUGUGAUGACAGAGGGGAGAAGAGUAGCAGCGACUGGGAAUAUGAGGGUUGUAGCUGGAGGAGUCACUGAGGUCAAAAUCAAACACUGAAGCUUCAUCAAUCGCUGCAAAUUUAUCCAGAUCACAUCAAAGCCCUUCUGUUUGGUGUGCCUUAAGCUCUCAGCUCUCCGGACUGAAGCUGCACGAAACAAUUUCACAGUUAGCGACCAAUCACCUCUCCUCCUGCAAGCUUUAGCAGCUCAAAUGUUUGAUUACCUGCAACAGAAUGUACCUGUAUCUACGGCAGCGUGUUAGGGCCA